ACAAAAACGCUAGCUGCCUUAGUAGUGUUACGGUUGUCUGACUUGACUACAUGAGCUGCAGAGAGCUUCUCCCGUCACAAACGCUUCUGGACCAAAAUUAAGCUGCAAAUCGUGAUCCUCUCGAGGAUUUGGCCAAGCUAUUUGUCACGAGUUAGCUAAACACGGUUAUGGGAAAUUUCAUCGGCAACGUUACAAUAUUACCAUAAUAAGAGGCUACAAGUCUAUUUGCUGACAGCGGACAGUGCAGUCUAUCGCAGCAACAGAAAAAACAGGGAACUAAAGAUGAAACCAGAUGCCGAGUGGAUUGUUAUCACAGUCCUCUACGCUAUCACGAUGCUCGUAGCGUUUGCAGGGAAUAGUUUCCUCAUCUACAUCGUGUGGAAGAAACCUGAAGUCAGAUCACUGACAAGCUUUAUGUUCGUCAACAUGGCCAUCGCUGAUCUGCUGAUAACCUUGGUGGUGAUGCCCUGGUCGAUUUCUGCAAUAUAUACAGGUGGUUUGUGGAUGAUCCCAGGGGUAUUUGGAAAAGUCAUGUGCAAAGGUGUUGUAUACAUUGCCUAUGUCACUUUAACAGCAUCCAUCCUCUGCCUGACGUUCAUGGCGAUCAACAGGUACUAUACCAUCGUUCAUCCCCUCAGCCGCCAUCUUUGGUUUCGAAAGCCUAAACUAACCGUUCCAAUUAUUUGGAUCGGGUCACUGGUCUCCAUGUCCAUAUUCCUUGUUAUUCAAACCGUGGAGGACUACAAUAAUUCUUCCUAUUGUAUGCUAUCUGUUUACAUCUUGGGUGAUCCAGAUAGGGCUCUUCGAGGAAUUUACCUCCUCCUUUUCGUCGUCAACUAUCUCAUCCCCUUGGUCGUUAUGUCUUGCCUGUAUACCAUCACUGCAUGGAAUUUAUGGUUCAAUGUUGCACCUGGAGUGAAUACUUUGAGAGGAGAUCGAGCGCAACUCGAAACCUCCAAGAGAAGAGUGGUUCGGAUGCUCAUUAUUGUUACCUGUGCUUUUGCCCUUUGUUGGCUCCCACCACAAGUGGUCCACAUGAUGCAAAUCAUUCACGCAUCUAAGGCUUACCUACAUAUACAGCCGAUUGUCAGCUUUGUAUGUUUUUGGUUUGGACACGCUAACAGUGCCGUUAACCCAUGGCUGUACAUUUUUUUGAGCACCAAGAUACAUACGGCAUUUACCAGGAUCGUCAGUAGAAAAAGCAGGCGGUUGCCUUCAAGUCUCACCAUCAAAACAUCAGAUGACGUCUUACCAACUGAAGAUGAAGCAAUCCAGAUAGAAUCAAGAAUGUAAUCUCUCUUAUAACAUGAAACUUUUAUCACCAAUUUGGUAACUGUAAGAUAGAAAAUUACAGAUUUGCAAAUCAUGAUCUGAUUUGCGUAUUACAAAUUAGCUAAUGUAAUACAAAUACCUAUAUACGGUUUCAUUAAAGUUACUGUAGUAAUUUCAUGAGAAAUUGAUAAUGGCGACUAAUUUCUACAAGAACCGUUCUAUCAACUGGUAAGAAUAAAAAGGGGGAUCCGUUGCAGAGUGAAAUAUAGGAAGAAACAUACUGGCAUUGCUUCUUCGAUGUUUGAGGCAGUGUGGUGAGAGUGCUAAACUAGUGAUCUAGUGGUCACGGGUGAAAGCCCUCUACCUUAUUACUUGCUGGAUUUGUUCUCGUUUUUCCCUAGGGUCGAUUCCUUGACUCGCUUUGUAUACAGCCAACUGGUGUUCCUCCUACUGGUUGGGAUUUUUAAACUCUGAUCAUUUACAACGUCUGUAUCUCAGUUUGAUUGGAAAGGUCAUGAAAGCCCCAUGGGGGUAUUGGUCAAAAAGGAAACACUGACAUGUUUCUUCAGUGCUCCGGGUAACGUUAGUUAAGUGUAUUUGCAUACCGUUUUCGCGAUAAUAAUUUAACAAACUAUUUCAGUUUAUAAUUAGUUGUUGUGAAAGGAGAUUUUUAAUGGGAAUAUUACUUUUCCGAGGAUGGCAGCAACAAUAUAAUCUGUAAGUGUGUCCGCAAACCCUCGCUGAUGUACCUCUGGAACAAAGGCACAUUUGGUUUUUCUACUAUCACCUUGUUAUUGUUUCUUGCUGAAGUAGUCAUCAAGGCUUUUAGGUCUAAUUAAGUGUAAUCUUGUAGAGCUGAAUAUAGGUUUUAUGUCUCAUUUAGUUGUGCAUUUUAGAGCACCAAACACAUUAGCCAAUGGUAUCGGUUUAGUUAAUUUCUUUGCGAUACACAGAACGUCAUUGCCUUCUUAGUUCCCGCCGGAUUGCUAUGUUCUGAAAGCCGCUCUUGUAGAUUAAAUCGUUGAGUACUGAUAAGUAAACACAGGGAGAUUUUGGAUGCGACCUCCCUUUGAACAGGCCUCUAUAGAAAAAGAGAGUGUUGUGAAGUGCUAUUACGAUUCAAGGUUUUUUAAGGUUAGCACUCAAAGAUUGUGCCAGUCUUACCCCCUUACGAUAGGUUUCAUUGUUGUCUUUCUCCUCUGGUUGUCCAAUUACUGGAACUUGAAAUUUUGUCUCUAAACUAGUCGUGGUGAGUACUUUAUUUUUAGUUUUCUAAAUUUCACUCGUAAAAAAGUUUUAGCUGAUUAUUGUAUAGUCGUUGUGCGAGUCUUAUCAAGUUUAGAAGCCCGCAAGGUCGAACUUGUAAUUUUAACAUUAAAAAUAGUUUGUGCUGACUCUAUUUUUGAGGCUUGGGGUUAAACUCUGCAGACAGUUAGCACAUUACCCACAUGUUCACUAAUAAGGUACUUUGCAGCGUGCACUACAGUGAGUAAAGGAGAGAGAGAGUAAAGGGUUAGCUAUAGAAAAUGUAAUAAAGAAGAGGAGAACUAAGA